AUGGAACGAUCCUUAUCCGAAACAGCAAGUUAAAGCAACAAUAUAAAUAGCUUUCUAUGUUUGUGUUCUUUCUUGGCACAUAAGAACUCAAGAGAAAGAUUGAGGGAUUGUAACAAUGGCUGACAUAGCAAUAUUGGUGGUGGAGGAAUACGAGAGGAAGAUGAAGCUAAUGGCAAAGAAAGCAUCGAUUUCUGCGGAGGUUGGGCUGUGUAAUAAUUUCCCGGCGAAGAUGACGUCCUUUGGAGUUGAGGAGGACAUGAUCAAGAGUUUAAAGAGGAAGUUUGAAGCUAAAUCUCAGUUUGCUCUUGCUGUUUCUAAUGGUUUCUUCUCUGCUUAACUAUGUUUCUCUCUGCUUUUUACUGGGAGAUAUGACAUUAAUCGCUCUGUAAAAUUUAGUACAUUUUUAAUCAAAUCUUUUUUUUUUUUUUU